AUGUCUACCGAGCAGUCCAGCCCGAAAUGGAUGGGUGCCAAUCUUCAGGUGCCAGAGCCAUUCGACUUCGGCAACGCGGUGACCUGGCUGACAUGGAAAAACCGGUUUGAGAACUACGCAGCCAUCUCAAGACUCAGGAAUGCACCUAAAAAACACAGGUACUACGCCAUCAUGUCUCCUUUGAGCUUCCGAUGGACCCGCAAGCGUGGUCCCCACAUCAUCUUGGUCAUUUGGCUGGUGGCUGCACUAUUGUCUAGCGUCCAGUUUGUUCAUGGCCGAGCCACACCUUUUACCUGGGCCGACGGCACCUACUACGACUGUCACGAAAAUUGGGACGAGAGGGCGGGAAAGGUGUACACGGCUGUGAUCUUCACUGUGACCUUUCUGACUCCCAUGCUGGUGUUGACAUUCACCUACUCGUCCAUCGGGUGGAAGAUGUGGCGCCACACAUCGCCUGGCAACGCCGACAUCCAGCGCGACCAGCAGCAACUGACGGCUAAGAUGAAGGCGAGUAAAUAG